AUGUUGAUAGGUAUAUCUGGCACCGUUUGUGCGGGAAAAACCGAGGUGGCUCGGUACUUGACAUUCCAGGGGUUUGAGCGCAUAGCAUUAUUGGAGCCAAGUUUGGAAGAAAAAGGUAAUUUAAAUGGUAAUUAUGAUGUUGGAAACGACGAUGGUGAUGAGUCUCUUCAACCAAAAAAUGUUUUCAGCAACAUUGGACAACUUGUGGACUUUGUGACAGAAAACUAUCGAGAUAACUAUGUUCUUUGUGACGUGGAGCGCUUGGAUGUGUUGGAAGCGUUACAAAAAAGACCUUUUUUUCUUCAUGUGUCCAUUGAUGCUCCAGUUCAAAGAAGACAUCUGCGAUUGAAGACUAAAAACAAGACGGAAAUUCCGUUGACGAGCUUUAUAGAGAUGUGUGAUCUUCAAUUGUACUCGAAACCACACCCGCUCGCACAAAUAAUGAACCAAGCUCAAAUCAAAAUCAUCAACUCUUCGUUGUCAGUCAAGGAUUUAUAUGUGCAACUCUCGGAACUCAAACUAUUGGACAAAUCCAGGUUGAGGCCCUCAUGGGACUCAUACUUCAUGAGACUCGCGGACUUGGCAGCUCUUCGUUCCAAUUGCAUGAAACGGAGAGUAGGAUGUGUGGUGGUUCGAGGUAAUCGAGUCAUUGCAACUGGGUAUAAUGGUACUCCACGUAACUUGCCCAAUUGCAACGAAGGAGGGUGUCCGCGAUGCAAUAUGGGCCAUGGAAGUGGUGCGGAACUUUCUACUUGUCUUUGUUUGCAUGCCGAAGAAAACGCACUUUUGGAAGCUGGCAGAGAUCGAAUAUCCAGAUCACAUCCCGAUGAGCGAGGUGUGUUAUACUGUAACACAUGUCCAUGCUUGACGUGCUCCAUCAAAAUCGUCCAGAGCGGAAUAAAAGAAGUGGUGUAUGCCCAGAGCUACUCAAUGGAUGAGAGCUCUCACCGAGUGAUGAGCCAAGCGAAUAUUAUUCUACGUCAGUUUCUGCCGCCAGUGGAGGGUGUCUUCAUUUAG